ACCGGCUGAAAGUUGCAGUCAUACUUUUAGACACCACGAUUACUGUUAAGGCUAAGAAUGACUCUCAAGGUAUUGUUAUGUCUGUGCCUUCUGAAUAUCUAUCAAUCAAAGGCAGGAGUUGUCUCAUUUUCUUCUUUAGAAGAUCAUCACCAUCAUCACUACGAGCAUGAGCACGAUCAUGAGCACCUACCAUUCGCGACGUCUUACAUGCACUUCCAUGGACCGGUAGAGGGUCCAGGGUUCGAAGUGAAAGUGCCGUAUGUUAUCCCCCAUCACUACGAGCAUCACCACGAGGACCACGAGCACCAUCAUCAUCAUGAGGACAGUAAUGAUCUCUCGGAGCACCACAAGCACGAGGAGGAAGAAUUUCUUGGUCACGUUACGGACUACGUCGCUCAUCCAAAGUACGAAUUCGCGUACGGAGUCGAGGACCAUCACACCGGAGACUUUCACGGGCAAAAAGAAGUUAGAGACGGAACGAGUGUUAGCGGAGAGUACAGCGUGAAAGAGCCAGGCGGCACCGUUCGCGUUGUUAAGUACAAGGCUGACAAGGACGGAUUUCACGCGCACGUCGAAAGGAAGGGAAAGAAUAAUCACUCCGGUGCGAAGUAUUCCACUCACGCCCAUACUUAUGAACCGGCUGCUCAUCACGAUGAUAAUCAAAAACAGCAUCACUUUCAGUUAGAGACUGACGACAGUCAUUACCAGUACUCUCACGACGCCUACGCAUAAUAAUUAUUUUUUUAUUUUUAUAUUUUAAUACCAUGUACCUGCUCUAUGUAUAUUUCUUCUGUUAAUUAUAUUUUGUUACACUUCA